AUCUAUAUAAAUUCGAUAAAAAUCGAUGGAUCCAGCUAGCCUGUUCCGAUCAAAAGGUGAGAGAAAUUUUCGAGGAGGCGCGAGCAGAAAAUAAACGUGCAGGGCCCCACCCCCGUAGAACUUUCUGUGGCGGUCCAUUUUUGGGCUCCCCACCUUGGGAGCUUCGCUUCGAUUACCGCGUCCUCGCCGAGGAAGAAGCUUUUCGAAGCACCCUCGGGACACUCGACUCGCGCCACUCUACUCGCUCGGGUUUAGCUUGUUCCGGUGUUCGCGGCGCGAGUGUGACAGAAAAAAGAAAGAAAGAAAGAAAGAAAGGAAGGAAGAAAGGAAGGAAGGAAGGAAGGAAGUAUGUGGAUGAACGUGUGCGUGGGAUUUUCACUCGCGCAUGAUUUACAAAUAUAUGGAGAGUUCGAGAUGUUGAAGACUUUGAUCUUGGACGAGAGGAGUUUUGGAGUGAAAGAAGAGUAUAAUUCGACUAAUCGUUAACAGUUUCGUUGCUACGAAGAUAAACGACCGCUAUUAAUGGAACUGCUUCGACGACUAACAAGCUUUUCAAUCUUGUUGAAAAAGAGCAUCCGUUCGAAAGAGUGUCGCAGUUUAGGAAGGCUGUGGAUUUAAUACGCUUUAACUUCGAGGAAUUUUCAUCUCGAAGGCUUUGUAGGCAAAGCUUUGAUGUUUCGCUUUGACGAUGCUUGAAGAUCGACAGGAAGCGGAACGCUUUCGCCACAUAUUAACCGCUGCCAAUUAACAACAGCAUUUUUAACAGCUUCGAGCAAAUUUGCUUUCGGAUUUAACGUAACGCAAUGUCCGAACUCGAUAGUUUCUUGAAGGAAGCCGGGAGAAGGGAAAAGCCGCCAGCAUGGACGCGAUCAAGAAGAAGAUGCAAGCGAUGAAGCUUGAGAAGGACAACGCGAUGGAUAAAGCGGAUGCCUGCGAGGCGCAGGCCAAGGAGGCGAAUAUGCGCGCGGACAAGGUGAACGAGGAGGUCGGCGAAUUGCAGAAGAAGCUCGCCCAGGUGGAAGGCGAUCUCGAAGCGAACAAACAAAAUUUGGAACAAGCGAACAAGGAUCUCGAGGAGAAGGAGAAAGCUCUGACCAACGCCGAGUCCGAGGUCGCCGCUCUGAACCGAAAAGUCCAACUGAUCGAGGAGGAUCUGGAAAGAUCCGAGGAACGAUUGAACACCGCCACUGCCAAAUUGGCCGAAGCAUCUCAGGCCGCUGAUGAAUCCAGCCGUAUGUGCAAAGUAUUGGAAAAUCGUGCGCAGCAGGAUGAAGAGAGGAUGGAUCAGCUGACCAAUCAGCUAAAAGAGGCACGUCUGCUUGCCGAGGACGCUGAUGGAAAAUCGGACGAAGUAUCGCGAAAGCUGGCCUUCGUUGAAGAUGAGUUGGAAGUCGCUGAAGAUCGAGUCAAGUCUGGUGAAGCCAAGAUCAUGGAACUGGAAGAGGAACUGAAAGUCGUCGGUAACAGCUUGAAAUCUCUGGAAGUAUCCGAAGAGAAGGCCAACCAAAGAGUCGAGGAAUUUAAACGUCAGCUCAAGACUUUGACGGUGAAACUAAAGGAGGCCGAAGCUCGCGCUGAAUUUGCUGAGAAAACUGUCAAGAAACUCCAGAAGGAGGUCGAUAGGCUCGAAGGUAAGCUUUUAAUUUUUUUUUUCCCCCCCACCAUCUUCUGUUACAUCAUCUUUAAAUAUAACGGUUUAAAUACUCAAAUUUCAAAUAAAUUUCAAAGCUCGUUUUAUAAAUAUGCGGGUGGAUUUAUUUUUCUUAAAAAAUAUUCAUUAUUUUGUUACCGCAGAAUAUUUUCAGAGUGCUUUUGUACCGAAUUUAAACGGGUAUCUGAUGUAAUUUGGCAAAAUGACAACAACACUUCCAUUAUCCGGUGUUCUACCGAAAUUGAAUAUCAAAGACUCGUAGUCAAUUUGCCAAUAUCGAACAUCGUCACACGAUGAUUAAUCUAGAUCUUUGGAUUGAAUGUAUUUAAAAAAUUGAUUCGAAGAAAGAAUAUCCUAUUAUCAUCCACUUUUACUCGUACAAAUUGCUUUAUAAUUACAGAGAUUGCGAAGAUAGUGUUCGUUAGUAAAUAUUCGUAUUAAUGAACGACACAUCAUCGAGCAACAUCACUGAUUUUCUUUACAGACGUAUUGCACCAGCAGAAGGAGAAACGCAAAACGAUUUGCGAAGAAUUGGACAAGACAUUCUCUGAGCUUUCUGGCUACUAAAAAAAAAAAAAACAAAAUACUACUCGUACUCAUACUCGUUGCAAAUUUUCUCAUUUAUUCCUGUACACGAAACAUGUCUAGCCGUUUCUAUCUCUAUUAUUUUGUCUUUGUUUUAAAAAUACAUCUCUGCUUUAGCUGUCUUUUUUCUUUUCUGCUGCAAUAGCUUCCAAAAUUGGGCUUAUCGUUUUUUAUUGUCGUUUUGACAAACUUUUUUUUUUAUAUAAUCGAAAGAUCAAGCUAUAAAAAAAGCCACUUUAUGUUUCUGUCCCUUUUCUAUAUUCACACUCAUAUAAGACGAACAUUUUUUAUUUUUUAUUUUUAUUUUUCGAUCGAUCAUCUUUAAAAUUGUGUUCAUUUUAUAUUUAAUGUCUCGAUAUUUAAUUCUUUCUUCAUCGUCCGAUUUGGGAGCGCUUUGCUUAACUUUUUUUGUAAGAACAGAUUAAUUAGCAAUUUGUCGUUUUACGUUGAGCAUUGUCUAAUUAAUAUACGCGUACAAGAACACAAUAGCACACAAGGCGCUUAACAGAAUAAAAAAAAUAAAACAAAAAGCUUCGCACGUUUAUAUGGGCCAUCAUCAGGUACAUUUGCCAACCCCUCGCAAAACUGUUUGCCUUACAUUCGUGCAAAGGUAUACUACACCUCACGAUUCUUGCAUGCUUCGAGUAAAAAGUUGACCAAGUAUUAACACUUUCUUUAAUGUUUGCCUUCACACCAUGCUUUUUGUGCCUGUGCAAUUUUGUAUCGUACAAGCACACUAUCGACAUACACCACGUCCUUACGACGUUCUUAAAUUUUUAAACAAGGCUGUAUUACAAGUGUGCACUUUUUUUUUUUCUUUUCCUUUUUUAGGACGAAUGUCGUUGCAUCAGAUAAUAAUUUCCUUUCUUUUUCUUUUUUUUUUUCUUUUUGCGUAGGGUUUAACACAUCCCUUCGAUAGCGAACAAACAAUGACUUUUAAGUUCAUUGAAACAAGUAGUUUAUCGAUUCGUGUUUGACCGGUAAACGAAAACUCAUAAUCGGUUGAAAAAUCAUUUUCGAUUCAAAUUGAAUCUGUUUACCGGGCAAAUGUACAAGGAUCGAAUAGAAAAAACGUAGGAUUGUUAUUUCUUAGAUGUAAAGAAAGUGAUAGAGGUUUAAAUGGGGAUACACGUAAAAAAAGAAAAAUUCAACUGUUCUAUAUCAACUUUUCCAGACGAAUUGGGCAUCAACAAGGACAGAUACAAGUCGCUCGCCGACGAGAUGGACUCCACAUUCGCCGAAUUGGCAGGAUAUUAAGUUACUUUGUCCUUUUAUGCUUCCUAUAUUAAUUACAAUGUCAUGCGUGGGGAUGGAACUAAAAUGUUUCGCAUAAAGGACUCUAAAACACGACCAAUCGUUGCACGAAAUCAGCGAAACAGGUAUAGGCUGAGGAUAGAUCGUCGGAAAUCGGAUAUCAUUUCGUCUAAUUAUACGACGUUACCGCGACGAAGAUGGUCAAUGUAUGGAGAUCCGUAAGGAAUUUUACUCUGUUACACUGUUGUACGAAAUAUUACACAAGACCCAAUAAACUGCUGUAAUGUGGUAUGCGUUACUAAUUA